ACCUCGGCCAUGCAACCUGCGUACGCGCCGCCGUUAAAUUGAUUUAUAUUAUGUUUAUGUAAUAAACAACAAUAAUUUAAAAUAUAAUAUGAGAAACUCUUUAUUUAAUUAAAUAUAAAACCAAUCUAUGUAUUCAGAAUCAUUCUCAUAACAUUAUGUGCAUUUUUCCAAACAAUGGCAGAAGCUUGUAGGCUUGGGACUUUAUCGGAGAGAAAGACUGCAUGCACACAAGAUGAAAAUUAUUGUGUUUUUAAUGUUUUGAGUGUUUUCAUAUCUCUUGUGUGUAUUCUUGCCGAUUUAACUACAGAUAUUUUAGUGUUUGCAGAAUAUUGUAAGGAUGGUUAUAUAUACUGGGCGUUAUCAACAUUGAUAUUCAUACUGUCUCCUAAUAUUUUGAUUAACAUUUUUUCAAUGAGAUGGUUCAUUAUUGAUCAGCAAUCAAAUCUUCGACACUGGAUUACACAUUGCUGCCUUGUUGGAUUACUGGAAAGGUACAUAAUAUUCCUACAAAAAGUUUUCUCCUGCAAAACCUUAGAAUCAAUCAAAACACAGAAGCUAAUCAGUCAAAGGAAUGAUUUAAGUCUGUUGCAUUUUUUGUAUAUCUUCACAGGAACUGUACCGCAAAUUAUAUUGCAAACAUAUGCAAUAGUUAUGUUAAAUGAGAAUUACCAUACAAAAGUUUUUGCAUUAGUGGCUUCAAUGGCAUCUGUGAUAUGGGGUUGUGUAACAUACAUUUACAGUAUAGCGUCAUUUACCACUGAUAACUUUAAAUGGAGUUCUAUUUUAUUAAAAUUAACAUGGCACUUUGGUAUAUUGGUUGGUCGAAUUGCAGGUGUCCUAUUAUUUACCAUAAUUUUUGGAAUAUGGACACUAAUUCCUUUAGGUCUCCAUUGGUCUGCUAUGACUUUCUGGAUCAUCACACAAAAAACAACUUUCUGUCCAAAUAAAUUAGAGGAAACAUUUUACAAUGCUGUAAUGGGAUUUGUAUAUUGCUUCUGUUACAUUAAUUUAAGAGAAGGUCAUACAAGAUAUCGUUUAUUGAUGUUUUACACUCUUAUUGUGACUCAAAACUUUGGGAGUUUAUUCCUUUACGUUCUGAUAUCAGAUUUUGAAAGACAACAAAAGUCUUGGUCAAUAGCUGCAACUGUCUGUGUAACUGCUGGAACAGUUAUUGGUAUGAUAGCAAUGAUUUUAUACUAUAGAUAUUUUCAUUCUAAGGGGCCUAUCCCCUGGAAAAAUGCACAAGAAGAUGUUGAAUUAAAUAACAAAGUGGUACCCCAAAAUUUUGAUAAGAAUAUCAAAAGUAAUGGAUUGAAUCAUGUUAGAUCUUUCAAAAGUUCUAAUAAAAUCACAGAAACCAGAAAUGAUAAUAAUGUAAUCACUCCACAAUUACCACAAAACGAUAGUGAUACAGCAGACAAAAAAUUCCUAUUAGACCAUUGGAUUGCCAGAUCUGGCACACCAACCUUCACAUCUGCUCCUGUUGGGAACCUAAGUAUGGAAGUAUCUAGUAUAGAAAUAUUUACCAUAGAAAAUACACCACAAUCAAUAAUAACAAAAAGAAAUAAUCCAAACACCAAUUCAAAAAUCUCAAAAAAGAAAAUUUUUUCGCCCACGGAACUUACACUUAAGUUGUCCUCGAUUAAAAGCUUCGAGAGCUCAAUAGACGAAAUAACUUCGAAUACUUUAAACCUACAAAAACGCCGUGGAAUUUGUUCUUCAGAUGAAUUAAGAGAAGAGCUAACAAAAUUAAAUUUAGCUGCUUGCAAUAUUGUUAAUGAAACUUUUGCAAAAACUAUCAAGACAGACCAUAGUUCAGAAAUCAGUCAUGAUACAGAUGGAUCUAAUAAAAAAACGUCAUCUGAUUCUAUUGAUAUGGAUUUGGAUUUAAGUUUUAGCGAUAUAAACAGUUCUGACAUAAAUACUUUUAAUGAAAAUAUAGUUCAGAAACUUUGUUUAAGUGCUUUGAAAAAUAUCAAAGUUGGUAAUCAAGAUGCAGACAUAGAAAAUAUACAAAGAAUAGCACUUGAUAUACUUAAGGAAAUGUACACCAAGAAAGAUAAAAUAAAAAAUGGUAUAACCAAUGAAUUAGUCCAAUCCAAGCGUGAUCUUGACACUCCAACUGAAAUUUUAUCUGUUCAUGAUUAUGAAAAUAUAUGUGCAGUCAAUAUUGCAAGAGAAGCUUGGGGUUUAAGAUCAUGGAAUGGAUACUGUGACAUUGAAAAUUGGCUUCACGAUGGUAGUGUUGUAAGAGACAGAAGUCGAGAUACUUUGACAUCAGGUAGUUCUGAAAUCAGCAGUUGUCUGUCACAAGAAUUAAAGAAUGCUAUAUUAGCUGCACCAUCACUCCCUAAGAAACCACAUACAUAUUCAAAUGUUUUUGUGAAGUUUGAUAGGAGUCAAGAAGAUUACGUAAAUACAAUAAUGUGUCACUCUAAUGAUGAUGCUUUCUUAGCUAAACCGUAUAUGAUAGAUUCUCAUAAAGAUCCAAACCACUUAGAACCAAUUUUAGAAGAGUUGGAUGAUUUAGGUGAUAUUGAUAUAUCUUGUAAAAAACGAUUAAAUUCGGAAAGUUCUCUUGUUGCAACUAUAGAUGAAAUAAGAAAAGCAACUGUAACAAACUCUCCCCGGAAUUUAUACCACAGAAGAGAACAUCAAUGGGAUUCACCUCAGUUUUUAACUUCUGAAAAAACAGAAACAAACAACCUGAAGAAAUCAAUUUGGAAAGAACCUUAUAAAUUUGAUGCUAGCAACAUAAUGGAAUCUCAGCUGGAAAAGGACUGCAUAUUAGAUGUUUCACAUGGGUCUAAAUUUGAAUCAAAUAAAAAAGACUUGAACGUUUUACCAAUGUCUACAAAAUUAAGUUUAGACAACAACAUUCAAAAUAAAAAUAUGGUACGGAGACAAAAAUCGAAUUGCACAAAGAAUCAAAAUAAAAAACUUAAUACUAAAUCAGAACAGCAACUGCAUGACCUUUCGAAUAAAGAUAUUGACUUCUUAUGGCAACUGGUGUCGGAAAACACAUUGCCACUCAAUUCAGUGGAAAAUCUUUCACUUAGUCGCAAAACACCAUCAUUACAAUCCUUGAUACAAAAAGAAACACCGUCAAGUGUAGUAAAUACAUCAGCAUCUAAAGUAUCAAAUAUGAAAAAGAAUGUUAGGAAUAGACCUAGACGAAAGUUUUCUAUUUUGAGGGAACGAUUCGAACCAAAGGCAAAUUUAAAUUCUGAUGAAGAAAUCUUAUAUCAUUGUUUUGAAAAUGUACCUCAACAAGAUGAUUCUAAUAUUAUGAAUGUUAAGAAUCAGUUUGAAUCUCUUAAUGAUAUAAAAAAUAUUCCAUGUUCCAAAAAACAACCAAAUACAAUUCCAUGUGAUGAAAAGACUAGUUCUAUGAUUGACAUGAAUAUGACUUCAAAAAGCAUAAAAGAAAAAAGAUCUUUAUUUAUGAAGCAGGUGCUCAGUCCUCCAAGAUUUAAUACCAAGUUGAGACAUAAAGUGUAGUCAAAAUUUUUGUAGAUUUUUUUUUAAGUUCCUACAUGGUAAAUUUACUAUACUUAAUGCAAUAUCUUUUAAGUAAGUUUAAAUAUAUGUAAUUCAACUUAAAGUCAAUUUGAACAUAGAUCUCACUGUAAGUGUAGUAUUUUAAACGAUAAGUUUACUAAUAAUAAUUAACAAUUUACAUCCCUGCACAUAUUAAAAAAAAAUAUAAGAUUCACUAUCAAAAAAACUAGCAAUUUAUGAAAUAGAGAAAUGUGUAAGUGAUUAAUCAUAUCAUGUUAAAUUAAUUGAGCUAAUGAUCUAUACUUAUUUUAAAUAUACUCGUAACUACUCAACUUAUUGUGAUCAGGAAAUAUUUUUAUUAUUAUAUUAAUAACUACAGUAAGUCUUGUGUUAAAUAGAUAACUUUGAAUUUGUUAUGGUUUGAUGCAAUAAACAUAUUUUAUACUUAUUAUUUAAAUACAUAAUAUGUACUUUAUUGAUAAAAUUUAAGCACUAACUUAGUUGAAUUCCAAAAUUUAUUAUACUGUGAUGUAUGUGCCUUUAUUUUAUAGUAUUUUCUGCCAGUAUUGUAAACUUUGUAGCUUUUUUAAUGUAAAUAAUAAAUAUUUUACUCA